GAGAGAGAAACCCGAGUGCCCGUUCAAAUCCAGAAAUGAAAGGGGAACCAAACCAAAAACCCUCCCUCAUAUUUCAGUCUCUCUCUCUCUCUCUCUCUGAACCCUCAUUUCUUCUACUUCUGAACCAGCUUUGCUUGGAUUCUCGAUAUAUAUAUAUUCAGUUUCUGCUUUCUAGCCGAACUUUGAGCUCUUGUUGAUUUUCUGGACUACUCAAUGGGGGAUGCUGAAAAUGCAACAUCUACAAAGAAGAGGGCUGCUGGAAGGGAGCUAUCACGAGAUAACCCUGGGCUUGAUGAUGAAGAAGAUGUUUCUGAGCAAGAGGCUGGAACGUUCAAGCGAGCUAGUGAAGAGGUCCUAGCCACCAGAAGAAUUGUCAAAGUACGUCGUGGUCAAACUGCCUCUGCCCCGUCUUCUAAUCCUUUUGCUGGAAUACGCUUGGUACCUCCAACUGAAAAUAAUGGAAGUGCUUCAGAAGUUAAAAGUGAUGCACAGGCAGCUGGUGAGAAAACUGGUUCAAAUGAGGCAAAGCAAAAGGAUGUUUCUCAUGAAAAGUUUCAAAAAGAUGGUCAUAGUGACGAGCCAGCAGAAUGUAAACUUGACACAUCAGAGGCCGAAUCUGUUCCAAAUGUGCAAAAUGUUGAUCAGAACAGCACUGUUGCAAGCGAAUCUGCCAUAUCUGAGCUAGAUGAUAAACAAGUUACUGAGCGCAAUAAGAUUGAAAAUGAAGUACCGGCUGGAGAAGAUAAGAAUGGCAAUGAGGAACUUGUAAGAGAUGAGAAGGCUGAGAAUGAUGAAUGUGUAAGUGGCGGUAAGAAUGACAAUGGGGAUCCUGCAAAAGGUGAAAAGAACGAAAAUGAGGAUCCUGCUAGAGAUGCCAAGAAUGAAAAUGAAGAACCCAUUGAAGGAAAUGAGAUACAAAACAAGGAAACUGGGGAUCAAGAAAAGAUAGAAAAUGAAGAAAACAAAGAAAACAAAGAAAACGGAAGUGAAACAGAUCCUAGUAAGAAGGCUGGUCCUUUGAGCUCAUUCCAACAAUUAUCAAGUAGCCAGAAUGCCUUCACAGGUCUUGCCGGCACUGGACUUCCGACAUCUACGUUCUCCUUUGGUAAUAUACCCAAGGAUGGGGUUGGCCUGACUGCUAGUUUUGGUCUCUCUACUAAUGGUAGCUCAGCCCUCUUUGGUACUUCAGGGUCUUCCAUUGUUUCCAAGAGUGAGAAAAGUGGCUUUCCAUCAAUGCAAGAGGUUGCCGUUGAAACGGGUGAAGAAAAUGAAAAAGUAGUCUUCAAUGCUGAUUCCAUAAUGUUCGAGUUUAUCGAUGGAUCUUGGAAGGAACGUGGAAAGGGAGAGCUGAAAGUUAAUGUCCCGACGAGUGGGACUGGUAGAGCGAGGAUUCUUAUGAGAGCUAGAGGAAAUUACAGGCUGAUUUUGAAUGCCAGUCUUUACCCUGACAUGAAGCUCACAAACAUGGACAAGAGAGGUAUCACCUUUGCCUGCAUGAACAGCGCCAGCGAAGGGAAGGAUGGUCUCUCAACAUAUGGUUUGAAAUUCAGGGAUGUAUCCAUUGUGGAGGAGUUCCGAGCAGCAAUCACUGAGCAUAAAGGUAAAGCCUCUACAGUUCUGAAAACACCAGAGAAUUCUCCUUAAGGACUCAAUGAUGCAAAAAUUAUACUUAGUGAAGAACAGCUGCAUAGUUUCUGCUCUGUUGUGGAGCGUCGAUCAGAGGUCAUCCUACAGCUCGAGCGAGUAGUUCUUUUUGGUUCGGCAUUUCAUGAGUCAUAGAAUGUUACUAAUUUUGUUGUAGUUUUUAUUUGUCAUCAUAGACUAUUUUCUGUUCAUAUCUUGGGUGGAACAUAUGUUCAGACUCGAUAUGCCCCUAGACUAUGGGAACUGGCAGAAUCUCAUAAUCGUCCAUCUCAACUUUGCGAUAUGAACCAGCUUUUUCUGAGGCCUCUAGAUUGAGUACUUUGUUAACACAGAGAAAGGCAAGAAGAAAGAAACGGAAAAUGCUACUUUUGUUGUUUGGAUAUUGGAACAUUAUGAUAUCACCAAGUAUACUCUGCCUAUUCAAGCACUACUGUUCCAAAC